UUUGGCCGGAUGUCCCGCCCUCUGGCUGUUCCCCGGCUGAGGCGGGGCGGCGGUAGCUAUGGCGGCUGUGACCGAUGUGCAGCGGCUACAGGCCCGUGUGGAGGAACUGGAGCGCUGGGUGUACGGGUCGGGCGGGCCGCGCGGCUCUCGGAAGGUGGCUGAUGGCCUAGUCAAGGUACAGGUGGCUUUGGGGAACAUUGCCAGCAAGAGGGAGAGGGUGAAGAUUCUGUACAAAAAGAUUGAAGACCUGAUCAAAUAUCUGGAUCCUGAGUACAUUGACCGCAUCUCCAUACCUGAUGCCUCUAAGCUGCAAUUCAUAUUAGCAGAGGAGCAGUUUAUCUUAUCCCAGAUUGCACUCCUGGAGCAGGUGGAGGCUUUGGUGCCCAUGCUGGACAGCGCUCACAUCAAAGCUGUUCCUGAGCAUGCUGCCCGCCUGCAGCGCUUGGCCCAGAUCCACAUCCAGCAGCAGGACCAGUGUGUGGAGAUCACUGAGGAGUCCAAGGCUCUCCUGGAGGAAUACAACAAGACUACAAUGCUUCUCUCCAAGCAAUUUGUGCAGUGGGAUGAGCUACUUUGCCAGCUAGAGGCCGCCAAGCAAGUGAAGCCAGCAGAGGAGUGAUGGCUGCUUCCCAUUCCUGGGUGGCCCAGGACAGCCAGGCUCCAGGGCCCUGUGCUAAACUGCCUUUGUAACAGGGCAGAGGCAGCUCUGUAUUUAUUGGAUUCGCAGCCAACUCUCUGCGUUCAGGUGGGGCUCUGAGGUCAGAGGUCUGGCUACUUGAGGUUUGCUAUUUGCACCCCCUCCCCACAUCAGUGUCCUAUUCCAGUGACAAUAAACUAUAGAAAUCA